UUAGUCUCCGAAAUUUUCAGCCUGUUUACAUUCCCGGCGAUAUUUUCCGCCGCCGGCGAUAUUUUACUUGUAUACGCACCAGAAACAGAGAAGAAACUCCGUAAUCUUCAGAUCAAAAGCCACCCUUCUGAUAAAGAUGUCGGAAAACACCGAAGUGGAAGCGAAGAGAGUGUUCAUAGGAGCAGGAUGCAACAGAGUCGUCAACAACGUCUCUUGGGGAGCUUCUGGUCUCGUUUCCUUCGGUGCUCAAAACGCCGUUGCUAUUUUCUGCCCUAAGACAGCCCAGAUUCUUACAACGCUUCCAGGUCACAAAGCUUCUGUCAAUUGCACUCAUUGGUUACCUAGUUCCAAGUUUGCUUUCAAAGCCAAGCAUUUGGACCGGCAUUAUCUGCUCUCAGGUGAUACAGAUGGUGUCAUCAUCCUUUGGGAGCUAUCAACUAACAGUAACAAUCAGUGGAGACAUGUACUACAACUCCCAAGGUCUCACAAGAAAGGUGUAACUUGCAUCACCGCGUUUAUGUGUUCUGAAACCGAUGCAAUGUUUGCUUCUGGUUCUUCAGAUGGAGUUGUGAAUGUCUGGGAUGUUUCUUUUCCAUCCCAGCCUAGUGAGGAGUGUAAAGUUUCGUGCUUGGACUCCAUCUCUGCUGACUCCAAAGCAAUUGUAACGCUUUCGUUAGCGGAGCUGCCUCAAAAUCCUGGAAGAUUCACCCUCGCCAUGGGUGGAUUAGACAACAAAAUCAAACUGUACUGUGGAGAAAGAACGGGGAAGUUCACUUCUGUCUGUGAGCUUAAAGGCCACACGGACUGGAUCCGAAGUUUGGACUUUUCAUUACCGUUACACUCAACAGAUGAACCCACCAAUAGUAUCAUGCUUGUGAGUUCUUCCCAGGACAAAGUCAUUCGAAUCUGGAAGCUUGUGUUAGUAGGUGAUGUUGGCUCAUGGCAAAGAGAGAUCACUCUGGCUUCUUACAUUGAAGGUCCUGUUUUUGAUUCAGGGAGGUUCACGUAUCAGGUUUCAGUGGAAUCUGUUCUUAUUGGACAUGAAGAUUGGGUCUAUUCCGUGGAGUGGCAACCUCCAGUGGACUGCCACCAACCAUUGAGCAUUUUAUCGGCUUCAAUGGACAAGACGAUGAUGAUUUGGCGACCUGAGAAGAAAACGGGUGUGUGGGUGAACGUUGUGUGUGUAGGAGAGCUUAGUCACUGUGCUCUUGGCUUCUACGGUGGCCACUGGAGCCCGGAUGGUGUGUCGAUCCUGGCUCAUGGGUAUGGUGGAUCUUUUCAUCUCUGGAGAAAUGUUAGUAGCAGCAAAGAGUUUGAAAACUGGCAGAUGCAGAAAGUCCCUUCAGGUCAUUUUGCUGCUGUGACUGACAUCACGUGGGCUAGAACCGGCGAGUACUUGCUAUCCGUGAGCCACGAUCAGACCACUCGGGUGUUCUCAUCAUGGAAGAGCGAUGAGGAGAAUGAGCAUUGGCAUGAACUGGCUCGUCCUCAGGUUCAUGGUCAUGACAUUAACUGUGUGGCUAUAGUUCAAGGUAAAGGCAACCACCGUUUUGUAAGUGGAGCAGAGGAGAAAGUUGUGAGAGUUUUCGAGGCUCCUCUGUCUUUCUUAAAGACACUGAAACACACUUGUGCCGGAGGAGAAGGAAGCUUCCCUGAGGAUUUACAAGCAGAUGUGCAGGUCCUUGGCGCAAAUAUGUCUGCUCUUGGUUUAUCUCAGAAACCUAUCUACUUACACUCUUCUAGUGAACCGUUGGAGAGAAAUGGAGGAGGAGAAGGUUUGGAGACAUUUGAAACGGUUCCAGAGGCUGCUCCAGUGGAGUUGAAGGAGCCUCCAAUCGAAGACCAGCUUGCGUUUCAUACUUUAUGGCCUGAAUCUCAUAAACUCUAUGGUCAUGGUAAUGAACUCUUUUCUCUCUGCUGCGACCACAACGGAACCCUUGUUGCUUCAUCCUGUAAGGCUCAGUCUGCUGCCAUGGCGGAGAUAUGGCUAUGGGAAGUUGGGACAUGGAAAGCUGUUGGUCGUUUGCAAUCCCACAGCUUGACAGUGACACACUUGGAGUUCUCUUAUGACGACACUCUGCUCUUGUCCGUCUCCAGAGAUCGUCACUUCUCAGUGUUCUCUAUCCAAAGAACAGAUGAUGGAGAUGUUAGUCACAAACUCAUGGCAAAGGUCGAAGCACACAAGAGGAUCAUCUGGGCAUGUUCAUGGAACCCAUAUGGCCAUCAGUUCGCAACUUCAUCAAGAGACAAGACUGUGAAGAUCUGGUCCAUCGAGAAAGACGCUCACGUCAAACAGGUUCUUGCCUUGCCUCAGUUCGGGAGCAGUGUCACAGCCGUGGCUUGGACGGGACUAGACCAGAAGGAGAAGAGCGGGUGCAUAGCUGUUGGGAUGGAGAGUGGGCUGAUUGAGCUGUGGAACAUAAAGAUUAAAGAAACAGAGGAAGAAGGUACAACGGCAACAGCAGCUCUUGCUCUGAGGCUUGAACCGUUAAUGUGUCAUGUCUCGGCCGUGAACCGGUUAGCAUGGAGACCAACCGAGAGUAACCAGAGUUUGCUGAGGUUAACUUCUUGUGGGGAUGAUAAUUGUGUGAGAGUUUUUGACUUCAAGUUCUGAGCAACACAGAACAGCUUGUACUGUUUAAGAUCAUGGCUAAAACUCUCUUUCCCUAUACUGUUAUUGUACUGUUUAAGAUCAUGACUUCAAGUUCCGGUUGAUAAAAAACAAUCAACUCUUAGUAAUUGCAGAGAAUGAUAUCAUGCUGUAAUGUUAAGAAAGAAUGUGAGUUAAUAGGUUUUGAUAUCAUGCUACUUGAUGUAAUUUUCCUGUAAUUUUAAUACUCAUUCUUUCCCA